AUAAGGAAGUAGCUCACAUCUAUUGCACACAUCCCUCUACCACCUAACACUUCAUUUUCUUCAAGCCCCAUUCAACUUUUUUUCCUUUAUUAUUCUCUGUAAUGUUCUCUCUCAUAUUUAGUUCUUUCUUCUUCCCUUCCCAUUGACGUAGGCCAAAGGGCAGAAAACGAAGAGGCUGAAUUGAGCAGUGGUCAAAUUAAAGAAGCUGCUCUUUGUUUCGUUGAUUAGCAGCGGCAGUGAAGGGAUUUGUUGCGAAGAAAAGCAUAUAUGGCUGGAGCCAUUAAAAAAUGCAUGACGCUGUGCUGUAUCAGCAACACCGCCUCGAAGGAAGACAUGGCAGGGCAGUCAUACGAGGAAGCCAUUGCAGAGCUAAAGAAGCUUAUCAGUGAGAAAGCUGACCUCGGGGGCGUCGCCGCCGCAAAGAUCAAGCAGCUGACGGCCGAGUUGAGCGCCGCCGGUUCGAAGCCGAUUAACCCGGACGAGAGGAUCCGGGGCGGGUUCACUCACUUUAAGAAAGAGAAGUUCGAGAAGAAUCCAGAUUUGUUUGGUAACCUUGCCAAAGGCCAGAGCCCAAAGUUUUUGGUAUUUGCAUGCUCAGACUCCAGAGUUUGCCCAUCGCAUGUACUGAAUUUCCAACCGGGUGAGGCUUUUGUGGUGCGAAACAUCGCCAACAUGAUCCCACCUUAUGACAAGACGAAAUAUUCAGGAACUGGGGCAGCCAUUGAAUAUGCAGUGUUGCAUUUAAAGGUGGAGAAUAUAGUGGUGAUUGGACAUAGCUAUUGUGGAGGAAUAAAAGGGCUCAUGUCUAUCCCAGAAGAUGGGACCACUUCAAGUGAAUUCAUCGAGCACUGGGUGCAAAUUUGUAAUCCAGCGAAGUCCAAGGUUAAAGCAAACACAAAAGGCCUGAGUUUCUCGGAGCAGUGCACUAACUGCGAGAAGGAAGCAGUGAAUGUGUCGCUUGGAAAUCUGCUGAGCUAUCCAUUUGUGAGAGACGGAGUUGCGAAGAAAACACUCGCACUAAAAGGUGCUCAUUACGAUUUUGUUAAUGGCACCUUUGACCUCUGGGAUCUCGACCUCAAAAUUUCACCCGUUACCCUCUGAGCUGCCUUUUCUUUUUCGUAUAGCCCAGUUAAUUAUUAUAUGAUGUACAUUAUAAUAUUGCUCAUUUUCAAAGCUAUUUCAUGAAGUGCUUGCAUUCCUCCCAAUGAUCCCAUGUGGGUAAAAUAAAAUAAUUAUCUGUGAGCUGUGAAGUCUGUAAAGGCACAACAUUCCACAAGUUUUUGUCUAUUUUCCUUGUACUCUAAAGGACUAUUCUGAUUUCUUGUUAUAUAGUAGUAUUGUUGUUUUCUUCUGCCA